AUGGGUAAGGUCCACGGUUCCCUCGCGCGUGCCGGUAAGGUCAAGUCGCAGACUCCCAAGGUGGAGAAGCAGGAGAAGCCCAAGACUCCGAAGGGUCGUGCUAAGAAGCGCAUUUUGUACAACCGCCGCUUCGUGAACGUCCAGGCUGGUCCGGGUGGCAAGCGCCGCAUGAACUCGAACGCGGACAAGUAA